AUGGAAACAAAAUCAAUCAAAGAGGCCCACGCGGCCAACAUCUACGAGCCCGGCAUAAGCGUCGGUUCAGCCGAGAUCUACAUUGAUCCAGUCAAAGAAAGAAGGAUGAUGAGGAAAUUUGAUUUUUUUGCUAUUGCAAUGUUGGGCCUUUUUUACAUGAUGGCCAACUUGGACCGAAGCAAUAUCGGUAACGCGAAUACAGCUGGGUUGCAAGAGGACUUGGGCCUAGUUGGGAAUCAGUUUGGAACCGCUACGACUUUACUGUACGCAACCUAUGUCCCCUUUGAGGGACCGAUUGCGGUGCUUCUUAAGAUCAUCGGGCCUAAGCCAUUGUUAUCAACGUGCGCCUUCUGCUGGGGGCUUACAACUCUUGGAAUGGCCUUCAUUCAAAACUGGCAAGGGCUUUAUACGUGUCGGCUACUGAUCGGCCUUUUCGAAGCUGGAUUAAUCCCCUGCAUCAACGUAUACAUUGCGCUAGUAUACAAGAAGAGUGAACGAGGAAAACGCUCUGCUUUGAUCUUUGCAUUUAGUGCCUUUUCGAGUGCGUUUGGUGGACUUCUCGCUUACGGGCUCACGCAGGUCCACGGACCUAACGGGUGGGAAGGCUGGCGCUGGCUGUUUGCCGUUGAAGGUGCCAUGACUUUGGUUCUCGUGCCAAUUUUCUUUUUCGUGUUCCCGAAACAUCCCACCACUGCCUGGUUUCUAAGCGCUGAAGAAAAGAGCAUGAUUCAAGCCCGAUACGACAAUGAUCCUCAUUGGGGACAGGAUGAAGAAUUCAGUUGGGCUGAGUCUCUAAGUGCUCUCACCGAUCCUAAAUGGUUUGCGUUUUGGAUCUACCAGUUCAGCGUGGACAUCUCUCUUUAUGGAUUCACGACUUUCCUACCCAAAAUCAUUUCUGGGUUGGGACACUCUGGCGUACGAGCAAAUCUGAUGACAGUCCCAAUCUACAUGGUUGGCCUGGUGUGGUUCCUCCUGAUUGCAUAUUGUUCGGACAGGGCCAAUGUCAGGGGUCCGUUCCUCGCCGGGCCCCUGCUAUGUCUGAUCAUCGGUUACUCGAUUCUCAUUUCGGUGGAGAACCUGAACGUCCGAUUCUUCGCGUGUUUUGUUGUCGCACUCGGCAUUUAUCCCACAACCGGUUUGUCGCUCAUGUGGCUUCAAGACAACACGGCUCGCCACUUCAAACGGGCCACGAUGGUCGGUAUGACACUCUGCUUCGGAAACACUGCGGGUGUCGCCGUCGGGCAGAUAUUCACCACGGAAUCUGCUCCGCGGUAUAUAAAGGGACUUUCAAUCAGCCUGGGGCUUGCGGUGGUGGCAUUGGUGAUGGUCGCUUCGUUGAUGACUGGGAUGACGGUAGUGAACAGAAGAAGAGCAGAAAGAAUUCGCCGGGCUGAAGAAGCAGGUGAGGUACUGGAAAGAAGACCGGAGAAAGGCGAUUAUGAUGUGUUCUUCCGAUACUCUCUGUAA